AUGAAUGAAACGUAUGGGCCAAGUGACCUUGCAUCAACGGCCAGGCCGUUGGUUUCAUCAAAUCCUAAACGAAAACUUGGUAAUGUUGAUGAUGGUGAACAUUUUUAUUCAUUUGAUAUUGAACAUGAACAAUCAACAAAAUCAUUUUGUUGUCAUUCACCAACAUUAACAGUUAAUUCUAAUAAUACUACUACUACUACUACUAAUAAUAAUAAUAAUACAUUAACAAAUUAUCAACAAACAACAAAAAUAAUUCAAGAAUUUAAUAUACAACAAUUAACAACAAGUGAUAUAACAGUUAGUUCAACAAUAAAUAUAAAAUCAACACCAAAACAACAAAUGAAAAUAUCAAAUAAUGAUUUAUUAAGUGAAGCUGAUUUUCAACGUGUUGUACAAGAUAUAACACCAGCUGAUCGUGAUCUAUUUGAUGAAUUUCUUAAUAGUAUAAAACAAAAAACUGAUGAUUAUUUAUUUUUAUCCUCAUUUGAUGAUUUACCAUCAUCAUCACAAGAACAAGAUACGACUUCAAAACGACAUUUAUCGUCAUCAUUACCAUCACAAACACCUUCAAUAAUACCAACAGAUCGACGUAGAAAUUCAAUUCCACGUGGUUCAAGUACCAUACAUUAUAGUCCACAUUCAAUGCCUGUUACAAAUCGACCAACACCACCAAUCGCUGCUGCACAAACAUUAAAACAAAUGGCUGCUCAGCAUCAACAAAGAAUCAUGUAUAAUCAACAACAACAAAUAACAUCAUCGUAUGCAAAUUAUCCGUAUAAUAAUAAUAAUAAUACUUCAACAAGACAAUAUUAUCAACAACCACAAAUUUCAUCAGAAAAUGAUACAAAUAUAAAUCCUACUUCAUACUAUCAACCAAUGUGUUAUUCGCCUGGACAACAGAUAACUAUGGCUGGUUAUAAUCAUCAUUCUCAGCAACAUUCGAAUAUUUAUGGUAUUCAAAACUAUUCUUAUCAAACUUCAUCAUCAUUUUAUCAACCACCGCCCCAACAACAACAACAACAACAGCAACAACAAAUAUCUACAUCUUCCUAUUCAGUCGCUAAUUAUUCACCGUCAAACGGACUUCUAUCAACUGCCACAGCUCUUCCAUCGUCUACUUUCUAUUCUCAAGAAGAUAAUCUUCCUAUUAUUGACCUGUAA